AUGAAAGCAGUGACAAAGAACAUAAUGGUGUUUCAACGGAUUUCAUCAUAUCAGUAUAGGAAAAGUCAACAUAAACAAGUUGGUUUGUGGUUAAAAUUAGUAGUUGGAGUUUGCUUACUCAUUCUAGUCGGUCAAAUAUCAGGUGUAGGUGAUACAUCUAGUAAGUCUAACAAAUCAAAGUUAAUGCAACCAAAGACUUCUACUGCUUCGGAUACGUCUGCUUCGUCAGGUGUAAGCGACUUAUCUAGUGGAUCUAAUUCAUCAAGGUCAAUGCAACCAAAGACAUCUACUGCAUCGGAUACAUCUGCUUCGUCAGGUAUAUCUAGUGGUUCUAAUUCAUCGGGCAGAUCUAGUGGAUCUACUUCGUCAGGUGUAUCUAGUGGUUCUACUUCAUCGAGUGCAUCCACUAAAUCAUCAAGAACACCCCCAACACUAGAAGAAUUAGCUGGGUUUGAUCUUACUUGGGCCAAGGAGAGAUUGCAGAGUGGCCAGACUAAACCAGUUGGAGGUCCAGUUGCUUCUCAAACGGGACAACCUCAGGAAGCCAGUGCGAUAAAUCCACAAAGUAGUGGUUUACAACCCGCAGAUGCUGAUUUGGACUUUUAUAAAGAGUUGAACUUUAAGCCCCAAUGUCUGGACCAAGUUAAAAGAGUGGCUUUUAUACUAGGAGUUCUAUUUGAUCCAACCUCUGCUGAUAAGGCUCUUGUUUACCUUAAGAAAGCCGAAGUGCCUGAUGUUAUUAUGAUGUAUGCGGCUUUAAAUCAGCAUGCAACUACACCUAGUCAGCCAGCAAUAGCACCUGCUUCAUCUGCAUCUGCAACUACACCUGCAGCUGUACCUAGCCAACCAGCAACUACUCAACCUACUCCACCAGUAACAGCACCUACAUCUACUCAACCUGCAUCUGCAGCUGGACCUGCACCUAGUCAACCUACAACUCCACCAACUACACCAACUCAACCGGCACCAGCAACUACACCUGCAGCAGGACCUAGUCAACCAGCAGCUCAACCAGCAACUACUCAACCUACUCCACUUGCACCAGCAACUCAAUCUACUCCACUUACACCAACUCAACCUACUCCACCUGCAACUACACCAACUACACCUGCAGCCGGACUUAACAAAUCUACUCCAACUAGCAUUAACCCCAACCAUGAAACCUUUAUAGAACAGUUUGCUCUUUGCAUUGAUCAGUUGAUUAACAUCAGUAUGCUCGGCAUGUUUGAAAGGGCCUGUCUAGAUAGGGAAAACUAUGCUAGAUUUGCUAGAACAGAGGUACCCGCUGAUGAACCCUUCGAUCUUUUGUGUAAAGCCAGUAUUAUUACUACUAAGGCUGAUUUUGACAUUUUACGCAGCACACCAAUCAUUAAUUACAUUCAUCCACUUAACACAAGGCUCUAUCGCGCCGGAUUUAACUACAAAUAUGAUAAUGUAUCAAGAACAUUCGUUGUCGUCAAACACAAUGCUGAUCCUAACGCUAGACCUAACAUCAAGAAUUUGUGUCGAGUCGGGCGUUUUACUUUUGAAAGUGCAGUUCGGUUGAUACAUCCAGCCCAGGAUCAAUACACUAUAAUGGCUAGUGAUGAAGACUUUGAUAAGUUUCUAGGUAUUGUAAUGCUCUAUCAGCGCAGCCCAACUUAUCGUAAACGAUUCAAACGAAGUCCAAACAAGAAGAUAAAGACGCUUGAGGAGUACGAUGCGCUACGACAACGUCAACGGGAAAACCCAGGAAAAGAGGCACUAGGCCGACUAACCAAGCGCAAAUAG